AUGCCUGCCGCCCGAGACGCGAUCGCGCAUAUUUCGAAGCUGUUGGUGCUCUCCUACGUGGUCGACUGGGUGAUAAUCAUUGGAAUCGCCUUGAUUGGCUAUGGAUUCUACAAACAGACCCCAAACCAGCAUCCCUUCUCCCUCACCGACCCCACGAUCUCCUACCCUUAUAUCGAGAAUGAAACCGUAUCAACUGUAACUUUGAUACUUGUGGGACUCUUAGCCCCUGCCGUUAUUGUGUUGAUCGGAGCGCUAGUCCUUGUGCCUGGGACGACCGCUGCCGAGGGCGCAAAGCCCUCAAAAUCGCAAACCCUGCGGCGCAAAUUCUGGGAAUGGAAUGCUGGGUGGAUGGGGCUCGCUCUCGCACUGGCAAGCGUGUGGACGGCCACCCAAGGACUGAAGGUCCUGAUCGGAAAGCCGCGUCCAGAUCUUCUGGCGCGAUGUAACCCGGACCUGAGCAAGAUCGCGACUUACACGGUCGGCGGUCUGGGAGACCGUCUUCAAGGGGCAGCGACCCUGGUCAGCUAUGAGCUUUGCCAGGACCAAUCCUCCAGCCUUCGCAUCGACGGAUUUUCAAGUUUCCCGAGCGGCCAUUCGUCCUUUUCUUUUGCUGGUCUAGGCUAUCUAACACUGUGGCUCUGUGCGAAGUUUUCAGUCGGCUUCCCCUACCUGUCUCACUUCAAUACAGAAGGAUAUGAUCAGAGCGAUGACCGUUCUUCUGUCCGAACGCGUGGUGCCGCCCCCCAGUUCUUCUAA